AAACCUCAGUUCAGUUCAGUAUAUUCUUCUUCGAGAAAAGAGAUCAUGGGUGGCUUUUGUAGUUGUUUUCAUGCCCCUGGUAGCCAUAGUUUUUGUCUUGGAUGCUUAUUCAAUAAGCUUAAGAAUAAGCCUGCGAAUGUAUAUAUACCUAAUGAGCACACAACUUCUACGAUUCCUUUGACCACAACACCGGCUGCUAGCAGGCCUAACGACAUAGCUGUUAGUAGCACUGCCAGUUCCAGACAACAUGAUGGAGAAAGUUUGCAGGUUCAGCCCGAGCCAUUUCCACGAAGUGAUGUGCACGUUGUCACAAAAUCCGAACAAGGGGUGCGGAUAUUUGUCACCCCCGAUCCACUGCAGAAGAUUAAAUCCUAUGUAAAAGCUCUGCCAUCUGAUUCAGACAGAUUCAAAUGUGUGUUUCCAGAUGACCGGGAUGAGUGUCCAACAUGUCUUGAAGAAUAUACCUCUGAAAAUCCUAAGAUAACGACAAAGUGUAAUCAUCAUUAUCACCUCAGCUGUAUCUACGAGUGGAUGGAGAGAAGCGAAAAUUGUCCGGUUUGUGGGAAGAUGAUGCUCUUUGACGAAUGAAGCUGAACGACAGUCAAUUCGCAUCAACGAAUCCCCACAACCAUGUUCAUGAAUACUCUUCAUAUCAUAGUACAUUUCUUGUUUUCGUCGCUCCAAAUUUUGUUAAUGGAUCGUAUUCUUGAUGAUGAUGAUGAUCUUCCUAUUCUUUAUAA